GUGUCAUCUUCAAAUUCCUUUUAAACUUUUGACAUAAAGAGCCGUUGAUUCAAAUUUGUGCACGUGUGGAAGUGAAGUCAUGUAAAAAAAAAACCGUGAAAUAAAUUGCAACGUUUUUUUAGAAAUAAAGUGUAUGUUUUAUGUAAUUUUUGUAGAUAUUUAGCCAAGAAUGCCACCUAAAAAAUCAGCUGUAAAUGACAUUCAGGCCGAGGAAGCAGCCACAGUCGGUUCACCAGUAAGAAGAUCUGUUCGAAAUGCUCCAGGAAAUGGUAACCAAGCAGCUGCAGUCUCAACCCGAGGAACUUCUGCUGCAGUUGGUUCAAACACCCCAGCCAAAAUCACCAAAAGUCGCAGAGGUUCCAAUUCAUCUACACAAUCCACUGAGGAAAUCGUUGAAACCAAACCCACUAGAGGAAGAAAAAGUAUCUUAGCCUCAACGUUAGCAGAAGAAGCAUCACAAAAAGUUGCCCCUGGUACACCGACUCGCCGAGGCCGCAAACCGUCCGUAACGCUAGAACCAACAGACCAAGAAGAGCCCGAAAAAGCCAAACCACUCAGAGGCCGGAGAUUGUCGAGGGCAAACAGCGAAGACCCUGAAGAACCCGAGAAGCCGAAACCCGCGAGGGCUCGUAGAUUGUCUAGGGCGAACAGUGAAGACCCGGAGCCAGCGGAACAACCCGCAAAACCUGUACGUGGGCGUAGGACAUCGACGACGAACACGAGCGAGGAAACUAACGAAGCGAAAUCUGCGCCGGUUAGAGGGAGAAGAGGCUCUGCCACUGUCGACGCGGAAAUCGCUCCGAAAACCCCCGGAAGGGCUACCGGUCGACGUAGAAACUCUGCAACUGAAUCUGUUGAACCUGAGGUGUCUACACCUGCUAAACGAGCUGGACGGGGCAGGAAAGUUUCGGAGUCUACAGAAGAGGUCUUCGAAGAAGAAAAGAAACCAGCGACAAGAGGUCGCAGAAAAUCGGUAACUAAAGAGGAGGAAACCACAAAAGAAGAACCUCUUAAGCCGGCAACUAGAAGAGGACGUAGAGCAUCUACAGAUAGCAACAGCGCCGAAGUGGUGGCACCAAAAACUCCCGCGAGAAUCACCAGAAGUUCCUCUAUAAGCCAAGAGGAUAAAGUCGAUGUGCCAACGGAUGAAAUAUCACCAGUAAUUCCGAAGGAUAUGGUUGUCAAGCUUACACCCAUGAAAAAACGAACAAUCUUAGAAAAAGUAGAGGCCGAGCUUGAUUUGAGUAUCAUAAACGAAAGCGCGGACGAUAUGAACACCAGCCAAAAUCAGUCUCUAAAUAAAUCUCCAAAGCCUUUAGAUGUAGCAGAAAGUAACUCAAAUCCCCCUAAAGAAGAAAACAGUAGUCCACGUACAAGGAAAAGAUUAAGCGAUGAAGGUGAAGCUGGAUCUUCACUUAAAAAAUCACCAAGGCUUAGCGAUAAGCUACAAGUGGACUCGAGGGAAAACAGUCCUAUACGAAAAUCACCCAGGCUCAGCGCCAAAAUAGCCGAUUCAUCACCAGUGAGAACAUCACCGAGACUGAGCGCGAAAUUUGCAAAAAUCCAGUCGGAGCAAGAGGAAGUUGCUAGUAAAAUUGAACCAGAGAAAUCGGAAGUAAUUCAGGCAGACAUUACGGAAGUGGGGCAAACUACAAUCGAAACUCUUGAAAAAGACAUUCAAGCCUUUGACAAGUCAACAACGCACGUAAGCACCGGCUCAGAAGGUUCUUUCCGCUUCCAUUUAUCCACCGUAUCUUUGCCCGAGGAGCAUCACGACGAACCAUUAAACGAUUCCAAAGGCAGUAUGGGAAGCAACAAGGAAAACAUCGAUUUGUACGCACCAUCUAACAAAUCCGAAGUAAUUCCUCUCCAACCGAAAAUAGCAGCACGAAUAUCGAACGUUUUCAAACCGAAUCAAAGAGAUUUCAGUUUCCAAGAACCUAUGGAAGUCGAUAACUUCUCUCUGCUAGUUAACGACACAAUGGGAGAUAAAACAGUCGGUACUUUGGAUGAGAGCUCUAUAGAAUGCAGCAAAAACAUGAAAUCGGACAUUUCCGACUUGGAUUGUUCCGUGGUAUUCAAUAAGAAUCCUGUAAAAACUUCUGAUACCGAUCUAGAUCAAACUACUAGUGAUUUGUCUGCUAUUAUAGUAGAAAGUGGCGAUAAAGAAGAAAUUAAGACUGAAAUUGAAGAAGAAUGUGUCAUAAAUAAACCUGUACAGCAUUUAAAGCAAGUGCUGGCAAGAAAAACGAGCAGUCCAAUUACCAACAAGAAACGAUUAUCCAGAAAGUCACUUAGUCCAGUUGCAAAGGAAAUUAUUAGUGUGGAUGCUGUGGAAAGUCUGAAUUUGCAAGUUGAACCAAGAAAAUCCAAGUCGCUUAGUCCGCGAAGUAAAGAACUUAGCCCCCGGAGAUUAUUCAACGUCAAGAAAGACGAUGGUGAUCCAGUUUCGGUUCCUUGCGGUGAAACUAAAGAGGAAUUAACAACCGAAGUCGUAUUUAACGAGUCAACCAUUAUUAGUGCCAACAAAGCAAAACGAUCCGUAAGCCCGUUUGCAUCCCAAGAAGCAGUAACUAAUAAACCUUCAGUCAACGAGUUAAAACAUUCAGAGUCGACAGUGUACGACUUUGAAUUGCCGUCAGACGACAGCGAUCUUGAUGAUUCCAAAGAACAGGCUUUCCUUGCGGACACUAUAAAGGUUGAUUCUUUAACCCAGGAUGAUAAUAAGGAGCGAAAAUCUACUGAGAUAUCGAUGGUGCAAGAAGAAGAGGAAACUUUCCAUGUAGAAAAUAAAUCCAAGAAUGAUGAAAAUCCAGUUGAUGAGCAAUCUAUGAUUAACUUAGAAAGUGAGGAGCCACCACGUCCUGAUAUUGGGGCAAGUUUAGAACCUUCUGGGAAUAUCCAAGAUAAGGAUGUUGAAUUUCAAGAAGAAGAUUUACGAUCAGAUAUUAAGGGAGUAAAUGAAACAUCACAGGACAAUAUAGAAGGAACUAAUGAUACUGAGGAGCAUAUUGAGACAACUCAAGACGAAUCGCAUGUUUUCAAUAAUCAAGGCAUUCCGCGAUACGAGGAAACGGGAGAUUCGGUAAUUGAAACUGAUCAAAUCAAGGAUGAAAAUGAAGAUGACCCCAAGGAAAUUACUCAAGAUAAGGCAACUUCUGCCACUGAUAAAAUUGAUUCCUCUGAAACUGAAACUGAAACUGACGAAUAUCUUGAAAAAAAUACUUCAAUUUUAAAAGAUUCGAAACAUGAUGAAGCGCCAAUGGAGCCUAAAGAAGAUAUCGAGGAAAAACCAGAAGGGGAUAAAAUCAUUUCCAUAACAGAGGAAGUUUCUGAAGAUAAACGAGAUACGGAUAGCGUUGAAGCCCGAACUUCAGUAACUUUAAAAGAAUCAAAUCGAGAAGAGCCUAUGGAAGUUCCUCAAGUAGAAUCAGUAACAGUAAAUGAGGAAAUUGAUAAUGCUGAAACUGAAGAAUCUCCUGAGAAAAAUACCAGUGUCAGUUCCCAUAAUUAUUCAAUUUCGAAACAGGAUGAGACGCAGUUGGAACCUGAAGAUGAUAUCCAAGAAGCAACAGAAGAGGAAAAAGAUAUUUUUGUAAAGGAAAAAGUGGAUGAUCCUGAAAUUAAAAUAAAACCCGAAGAAAAUCCACAAGAGGAAUCUCAGAAAAAUGAUGAGGGAAUGCCUACUGGUGAGAAACUUCUUAUGAAUGAGGAAACUGAUCAGUGUCGUGGAAAAAAUACAAGCUUUAAUUCCUGCGAUUCUUCAAGUUUUAACGAUUCAAAAUCUCAGGAAACGCACAUGGAGCAUCAAGAAGACAUCCAGGCACCUCCAGAAGCGGAUAAAAACGUUUCCAUUAAGGAGAAACUUUCUGAUUCGGACAUUGAAACUGACCAAGUCACUGAAACAAAUAUGGAUGAUGUUAAUGAAGAAAAUAACGACGAAACAUCUGAGGUAGCAGAAGAAGAGAUCCCUAGUGAAGAGGAACCAGUCGAUUCUACUACUGAACGGUCUGAAACAACCCUGAACACUAUUAAAACUCGUACUUCACUAUCGUCCAAAAAACAAAUUAAAGAACUUACCACAUCGGAAGUCACAAACAGUAAACCACUCCUCGAGAGCAAUAACUCACUGAGAUCCAGAUACUCUUUAGAUGAAUUCGCCUCUGCAAAACUGGACGAGUUUUUAAAAUCAAAAGCCAAAGAUGUGGAAGAGAGCGACAGCAGUGAAGCAGAAGAAGAGGAGUGCGAAAAUGAAUACAAUGAAUUCAUCGAUGGAAUGGCAGAGGAAGGUGAAGAAGACACGCCAUCUGAAGAUAGCAAUCAGAUAAUCGAUGAAGGUGAGUCGAUAGGCUCCUCCGAUUCUGAAGAGGAAAAAUCCGAUGAUCACUAUGAAGAUGACUCGUUUAUCUGCGAUGACGAGGAUGUGGAGGAACUUUUAUCUGGGGACGAGUACGAUUUGGGCAAUGAGAAGAAACUCAAAAAGAAAUCUCGAAUUAUCGAUCCGGAUAACUUAACUGAAGAGCAUGAUGUACUUUCGGUGCCCAAAAAGGAAAAAGUAAAACCUAAAAAGAAGUCUAGAAUUAUUAAAGUUAGUGAUUCUUCUAGCGACGAGGAAGAAGGCCUUGCUGAGGCUCAAAGUGAACAGUGCGACGAAGUAAUUGUUUUAGACGAUGAUGACAUCGUUAAGGAAAAGAAUAAAGCUAUUGAAAUGAACAGUGUUAUUGUUUUAGAAGACUCAAAAGUGCCUGAUAAUUCUGAAUUGGAUCCUAAUACUUCUAGUCAAGGCCUGAAGGAUAGUUUUAGUGAAACUAAAACGGAAAUUCCACAAGAACCCGAUGAUGCCGAAUCUUCUUUGGCCCAAAAUGUUUCGCUUGCGGCCCUAACGAGCAGCUUACAAAAAAGAAAUAGAAGAUCAUCAUUAUCCAUUCAAGAAAACAUUAUGCUCGAUGGUAACAAAGUGCCGAUGAUAACUAAAAGAAUAAACAGCCUGGUCGAAUCGUUUUGUUCUAACGUGUCCAAAGGAGAGGUUUCCCUUAAUUUAUCUCUUGAAUUUGAGGAUACCAAACAAUCUGCUGAUAAGACUGAACCUGUACAUAUUGUGAGCGAUAUAAAAAUCACUCCCGGAAUUAGGAUAGAAGCAAAUAAAACUACUGAACGCAACCAGCAGGCUGUCGAGUUAGACGACAAUGAAAAAGAAAUCAAAGAUUUACGAGAGGUUAUUGAAAAAAAGCGACUAAAAAGACGAUUGAGCAGGAGUCUAAGUGAACUAUUCAAGGAAGAGAAAAAGGCCAAACGUCGCAAGAAAAGCAAAAGAUCAUCCAGUGCGGGAGCGAAAAACAAAACUGAGAAACAGACAAGACCGGACGUCUCGGAGGUGUCAAACGUCGGCUCGUUCAGUCUAAUGAAUCAGUUAAUCACAGAUGUUAAAAACAGACCCAAAAGGGUUCCGAAACCUUCGACGGACACUUUUGAGACUUCCUGGAUGGUCACCCCCGUAGAGAACCCCAAACCGUCCACAAAAACCAUCACUAAGAAAGAAAAACUAAAAGUUCACCCGAAAGAUUUUAAAAAUCAGUUGUUAUCUGACCCUCAGAGGGUUAGAAGGGUCGAGACUAAAAUCCUACUUAAAAAGAAGGGUGUAAACAUGAAAUGAGUGCUUUAUUUAAUGUAUGUUAUGUUUAAUUUUUAUUGUUAUCACUUAUUAGGUUUAGGUCUAUGCUGUGUUUACUAAUCUAUUUACUUCCAAAAUUAUUUUGUUUUUAAGAAUUAUUCAUAUUUAUUGUAAUGUACUGAUUAAAGUCUAUGCCUUUUUAAAA